AUGUUUCCGCGAAGUAAAUCAAAGUGGAAGCCAAAACCUGGAGGUUAUAUCUUUAUGUAUGUCUUGCGAUAUGAUUUGUUCUGGCAAUCUCAUCCGUUUACAAUUGCUGACUUCGACGAUGAACACCUCAUUGUAUACGCUGCUGUGAAACAAGGAAUUACUGCUGUUCUUAAAAAUGCUAUUGAAGCUCAGUCUGAGAAAGAGUGUACUACUCCAGUACUUCUUGAAGGUCAGUACGGUAGCCGGCUACGAUUGGGCAGCUACGCCACGGUCGUGUACAUAGCUGGCGGGCUAGGCAUUACUGCAUUAAGUCAAACAAUAUUGUCGAAUACGGAGCAGAAACAAUCAAAGCUUAUCUGGGUCAUCACAGACAAAUAUCCCUUAGAGUGGUUCUCUGAACAAUUGAGGAAAAUUAAAGAUCUAGGUACUUUAACCCAAAUAGAUAUCUACUAUACCAGAACACACGGCGAAAGCGUCAAAGUACCCAACAGUAGUCCAGCCAAUUCCUCAACUAAAACUCUUUAUGGGACUUGUGCAAGCUCACAGUGCAACAAGGAGGUGUCUGCUAUAACCGCACUCAAUUUUCAUUAUUAUAAACCCGAACUGAGGCUUCUAGUGUCGAACGAAAUGAUAAAAGAGGAUGCAGGUACAAUUGCAUUUGUCACAUGCGGUCCAGGGUCGAUGUCAGACGGCGUCCGAGUGGCAGUUUCUGAUCAACUUCUUAAUUCAGUUGCUCGAGUUGAUUAUUUUGAAGAGAAUUAUUCUUGGUAG